AUGAAUGCUCUCGAAGAAGAAUACUCAUUCUUGGCACCAACAUGGAAAUUACCUUCUAUAGGAACUACAUCCAUGUAUCCUGGUACUUAUGAUGCAUCAUAUUUAUCUUCUGGAUCGGGAUUAGAUUCUGAAACUAUUAAUCGGAAUAAUCAAACGUACAAUCCACGAUAUGUUCCUCAACCUACAAAUUAUCCUCAAACAACAAAUCAACAACCACGAAGACGUCCGAUACCAUCCGGUCCACCACCACCUCCUCCUCCUCCUCUUCAAACUCAUCAACAUAAUGAAAAUUUGAAUGUUAAUCAUGAUUUAACAAUCAAUCAUAAUUCACAGAAUGAUGAAUAUAAUAUACCAAUACAACCACGAAAUAAUAAUGGUUAUUCAAAUCAACAAAUUGAUAAUCGAAAUUUAAAUUAUCCUUCACCACCUCAACCAAUACAAAAACGUGUACAAAUUAUUGAUCAUAAUCGUCAAACACCAUCAACAGAUAUUAUAUCCGGUAGAGAAAGUCAUAAUUCUUCUCCAUAUAACAAUAAUUAUCAUUCACCUGAAAUCAAUCAAAAUCACCAAAAAUUUAAAUCACGUCGUAAUCAAAAUGAUGAUAAUAAAUCUGAUUCAAAUGUUCAACGUUCACAUAAUUUUAAUGUUCAUGAAUAUCUUUAUGGACUUUCAGCACCUCAUCCUGGUAGUUAUGUAAGUGCAUUUAAAAAUCAUCGACGUCGUUUACAAGAUGAAAAAUACAAUCCUAAAUCAGUCAUGACAGAAUAUAAAAAUUUUGUACAAAAUGGUGGUUUUGGUCCUGCAUUUAAUAAUUAUGAUCAUCUAGCAUAUGAACAAAAACUUCAAACAGAAAAUAAGAGAAAAACAUAUUCAAAAAUAGUUCGUACAACAAAUCAAUAUAAAGUUGAAGAACAAAAACGUAUUCAAAAUAAUGGUGGACAACAAAGACAUGGUGUAUAUGUUUCACCUAUGUUAAGACGUCGACCACCACCUGAUGCAACACGAUCGCAUUUUUUAUCUGCAGAAGAGUCACGAUUAGGAAUACCAUAUCGAUAUUCUAUCCUAUCACCAAUAUUAAUAGCAUCAUUACCAACUCAUCGAUAUGUUUUGAAUAGUCCACUAUUACAUCAAUCUAUUUUUGAUAAACUUCAUCCUUGGAAUCAAAAUGAUAUAUUAUCAGGCGAAUUUUAUGUAGAUCGAACAAAUCGAUCAUCAUCAAUUUCAACUUGUUCUCAUUUAUCCAAAAAUAAAUCAUAUUCAUUUUUGUAA